UGUCAUUUUGUUCAUGUCUUGAAUUUAUUGUAUAUUAAGGUCGAUUUAUUUAGCGAUAUGACUGACGGUGUUGAUAUAGAUCUUUAUGCAGACGUUGACCACGAAUUUGCUCAGGACGACGGACUGUAUACCCAGGGCAACGUGGAUUUGUAUGAUGAUAUGUUGCAACCGUCGAGCAGAGCGACCAUCCAUUCUAACGGCAUGCACAGCGUUCAACAUGGAAGCGAUAAGACCCAGGGGGAUAUGAAGUUUAAUUACCAGGGCAAAAAGGUGUCCAUUUAUGUUGGAAAUUUAACUUGGUGGACUACUGACAAAGAUCUGCAAGAUGAAAUCAGUGCUUUGGGUGUCAAUGAUUUAAUUGAAAUAAAAUUUCAUGAAAACAGGGCAAAUGGCCAGUCAAAGGGUUUUGCAAUUGUGCAUCUUGCUUCUGAGUCUUCAUCUAGAAUAAUUAUGGAUAAGUUGCCAGGGAAAGAGUUACAUGGCCAAACUCCUGUUGUUACACCAUGUAAUCGCCAAAGUUUAAAUCAAUUUGAACAACAGUCCAAAGCACAAUCUGGAAAUAGUGGUGGUCCGCCACCACAAAAGCCGGCAUCACCACCGCCACUCCAACUGCCACCAAGGCCUUCUCUUUCUGUGAGCUCUUUCAAUGUUGUUCAUCAAGCACCACCAGCUCUGGCUGUUGCAAGUUUAGGACCUCCUGCCUCAACAGCACCGACAUCAGCUCUUUUUAUGCCUCCGCGCAAUCGUCUGGUCCUUCCAUUCCCUCCUCCAGCAGCUGCAGGUAACAGACCACCUGCUAUUUUUAUUCCACCAACUAGCGUAGCCAUUGCUCCACCUUCUUCGAUUCCCCCUCCUGGAAUGACACUGCCACCUACUCUAAUGCCACCCAGAGUGGCACUGCCACCAGGUAUGCCAGGACCGCCGCCUCCAGGCUUACCGACACUUAUUCGUGGCCCUGGUGGUAUCCUAAUUGAUCCAAGAAUUCCACCUCCACGACCAAUGAUGCCACCAAUAUCUCCAAAUCAGCCACCACCUGCCGUAAGGCCACCACAUAUUGGUGCACCCCCAUUAGGGCCUCCCCCAGGGUUCCCACCCCCACCGGUACAAAUUAACCCCUUGAUUCCACCUCCUGCUGCAGAAUUGCCACCAGCUCAAGAGACAUACAGACAGGAGCGCUCACAAUCGCCGCCAUUAUCAGAUACUGAAGUGGAAGAAAUAAUGAAUAGGAAUAGAGCAGUUUCAAGUAGCGCAAUUUCACGAGCUGUUUCCGAUGCAAGCGCUGGUGAUUAUGGAAGUGCAAUUGAAACUUUAGUCACUGCCAUAUCUUUGAUAAAACAAUCUAAAGUUGCUACAGAUGAAAGAGCGAAAGUAUUGAUUGGAUCAUUACAAGAUUGCCUACAUGGCGUGGAAGAGAAAUCAUUUGGAUCUGGAUCGAUAAGAAAAAGAGAUCGAUCGAGGGAUAGAGAUCGAGAAGAAAGACCAAGACAUCGGGAGUCGAAGUCGAGGAGACGAGACAGAGACAGAGAUCGUGACAGAGACAGAUCCCGAAGCAGAGAGAGAUAUGACGAUCGAGAAUACAGAGAAAGAAGUAGAGAACGAGACAGCGGAGGGUAUUCAUCAUCACGUCACUCGGAUCGUCACCGGCGUUGAAAUGAAUUACAUUACAAAAACUGGAUGCUUUAUUGCAUUGUACAGAAAACAAUAGUUGUUGCUUUUAGCACCAAAUCUGAAAUGGUCGGUUUCGAGAAUGUAAAGUGGAUGCUGAUGAACUAUGUCUACAAGUCAUUGAUACAAUUCCACAUUUUUCAAUGAUUAAUUGUGUAUAAAUUGAUACUUCAUUGCUGUUGGAAUGUAUCUUAAUAAAAUUCAAAAUGGUUUUA